AUGGCGCUUCCACCCCCCUCGAAAGACCAGGCGUAUUGUAAUGUCUCUGUGCUGGAGGCUGGUCACCUAUCCUGCGCAGAGAACUUGCUCAAGCAACCAUGCGCUCCCGAUGUAAUGGCUGCCUUGCCAUGCCUUUGCUUCCUCCUCCAACAUUCCUCUCGCAAAGAGAAAUUCCUCUUUGACCUGGGUGUCCGCCGCGACAUUGAGAACUACCCACCAGCUGUCGCAAAAUCACUCCAGCCCGGCGGAGUAAUGUCUUGCGAAGUACCCCAAGACGUCGUCGAGUCUCUAGCCAAAGGAGGGUUGGCACCCGAUGACAUCGAUUAUGUUGGAAUUUCCCACUUGCACUGGGACCACAUUGGAGAUACCAGCAAGUUCAAGAAGUGUACCUUCAUUCUGGGGGCUGAAGGAAAGAGCGUUCUCGAGUCCAGCUACCCAGCAAACCCCGACUCUUGGUACGCAUCCGAUGUACCUCCGCCCGCUCAGACCAGGUACUUGUCUCCAGAAGGAUGGAGACCGAUUGGGCCAUUCCCUCGUACGCACGAUUUUUACGGCGACGGGAGCCUAUUCAUCGUCGAUGCGCCUGGUCACCUCCCUGGCCAUAUAAACAUCCUUGCGAGGACUUCGAGCGAUGGAAGCUGGGUCUUCUUGGCAGGCGACAGCGUUCACCAUUGGGAUAUUAUCAAGGGUGAAGCGAAGGUAGCAGUUGGCGCGUCGUGGAGCCCCCAUUUCUGCAUUCACCAGGACUUGCCCAAGGCUGAAGAACAUAUUGAACAUAUCAAGCGGUUCAAUGCGCUCCCCAAAACCCAAGUGAUCCUGGGCCACGACAGUCCAUGGUACACUGAGAACAAGGGCAGCUCUACGGCAUUCUUCCCUGGCACCAUAGCUCCUCGUAAAGAUUAA